AUGGCACCUUCAGAGCAGUCUUUGGUUCCCCUCAAUCGUCCUGUAGGAAUUCCAGCCACAACCCCAGGUAUGCCUCCAGCUUCAUCCACUCCAGCAUGGCGAUACGGCAAGAUCCAAGACGAAGGAGCUAGACGCCAACGAUGGCUCGAAGACCCCACAGAUCCUACAUGCCAAAUCCAGCCCAGCACGCUGACAGUAGGCGACCUUGUAAGUACACACUGGUACGUUCAUACCAGCCAUAAUAACAUCCCAUUCGAGGUUGCGGAGAAUGCCUUCGCACUAGGAUAUAUUAAUGGAACGGUAUACAACCAAACACUAACGCAGAGUUAUGCAGGGGGCGAGCUUGGGUUUGUUGGCUGCGAAAAUAUAUAUGACAUCCUUGUUGGAAAGGGAAUUAUCAUCGCCGAGGGGAUGUUCAGAAGCGACGGGCCUCAGUUUUCCCAGAUUGCCCGGGCUCAUAUGCAGGAGAUUGCUGAGCCCCAGAGUUUGCGACACUUCUAUGCUUGUGAUAUUGUCAAUAUCGAGACUAAGAAUUUCAUAGAGAAGGUUCUCUAUUCUUCGCACAAUGAUCUCACUUGGCCUCCUGCCUGUGCAGCACCACUGAUCUGGGAGUAUAAUACACCCGAGUACCAGGGUCUUCUGGGUACGCGUAUUGGGAAGUGCGCGGUGUAUCUGGUUCUGGAAAUUUUUCCUAGAGGUACGUAUUAUAUUGCUAGGGUUGUGACCUGGGAUGUGGAUUGCUCAAUUGAGAUUAGGUUUGAUAUUGAACCUAUUCCGGCAUCUUUGGGUUCUACUGAUUGA